AAAAGCUCCAUGAAAGCUCGGCAAAAACCCAAAACCCUCUUCUUCUUCUUCCUCCUCCCCUGAAAAUGGCAAUCCUCCACCGUCCUCUCACCUCCUUCCCUCUCCCCAUCCCUUCCCUUCUUCUUCCUCGUCCACGCUCCAAAACCCUAUCCUUACCAUCCCUACCCCUCAAGCCCGUCCGGAGUUACCUCCCUGCCCCUGUCUUCUGCUGCAGCAGCUCUCCCCCGACCACCGAGCAGGAGCUCCUCGACGCGAUUGCCAGGUCCGACAGCGACCAUGUUUUACCCUGCGUCAGGACCUACGAGGGCGACCUCGCUCGCCUCACCCUCGUCGGAGCCGUCGACUUCGAGCAGGCCCUGACGGCCGCAGCCGCGGAUGGCGGAGGAGCCGCCGGUGAGCAUGUGGAUGCCGGAAUGGACACUAUGGUCGUCGAGACUGUCUUCCCGGGCCCGCCCGAGGAUCGGAGCACCGUCUCUACCCGAUUGUUUUUACCUGCCAGGAAAGUUAAGGAGAAAGCGCGCAAGCUCAAGAGGUCGUUCUCCGACGAGAUGCUGACCAGCACGACUUCAAGUAACAUACUUGCCAUGACUUUCAGACAGGUAGUCUUGCAACAUCUCUGGAGCUUUCAGCUCAUAGUGUUUGGGCCCGGAACCUGGCGGAACAUGGAUGAUCUUGAAAGCCCGAGAGAGGUGACUACCUCGUUUGCUCUCAGCUCAUCGAAUGAAAGGGUCAUUUCUGUGCUUGCAGAGGCUCUUUGUUUGUCUGCUCUUGAGAGGACUAAGGAGAAUUUCCUUGAUAGCUCAUUCGGAAGAUCUUCCAAUUUCUUUGGUUGGUCCAGGCGACCAAAAAAAGUCUACUCAAGAGAUUCUUCAGUUGUAAUAUAUAUGUUAUCAGAAGAUGAGAUAGUUGAAAAUGCGAAAACUUUGGUGGAAAGUUUUAAAUCAGCAAAGCAAACUGUAAAGCAAAUUAACUCAAGAGGGAAGAACAUGGGGUGGACAGCAUCAGCCCAAACUAAAUUAGAGAAAAUUGGCGGGCCUGAGUUCUGUGCUUGGUUGAAUGAGUAUGUACCUGUCUAUAGGCUGCAAAUUGAUUCUGAAAGACUUGAAGAUUUAAAGCUUGAAGGCUGGAAACAACUCUUGGAGAAUAGGUGGGAAGUUGUUCUUAGCCACUCCCAAAUGGUUGGAUUGACCAACAUAUUGGAUAUGUUCUAUGAAGAUGCUUACACGCUGCCUGCAAAGGAGCUUGGGUGCAACAUUGUUGUGAAUCCCUCCUCCUUGUCAAAUUCAAAGAGGGGCUCUUCUUUGGUGCAAAUGCUAACAAUAGCUCUUGCGGGUGGAAUCCUCGCCAUUGCCAUUAGAACUUUCAGUCAGUCUUAUUUGCCCCAUGUUCAGAAGCUUAUUAAGUGCCUUCAAGAACAUAGGUCCCUCCCUCCAUCCUCUGAAACUGCGAACUGAUGUUGAUAUAAAUGCAUGGCACAUGCGAGAAUUGUUAUUAUUUGAUAAUCUUUUUGUCAAUGUUAUUGAAUCUAA